GCCACGCGACAGCUGUUAUGAUUACUACAUGCCUCCACAUGACAAGUUUGAGUUCUGAUUCUUAGGGCCUCGCAGCGCGUGUGUGUGGUCGGCGAUGGUGUUGAGGAGAGUUUGUGAGCUCGUGAUGCAGCAUGAGUGAUUACUCUCUUCAGCAGGAGAACGAGCUCGAGGCGCUGUCAUCGAUAUACGGAGAUGACUUCAGAGACAUCCGAGCAGAGCUUCCCUGGAAGGGCAGUCGUCCUCCAGAGGUUUACCUGACCCUGCGGCCGAAGGGACUCGCUUACGGACAGACCAGUUACGUCUCAGUGGACCUGCAGGUCAAAUGUCCACCGACAUAUCCUGAUGUGCCUCCGGAGCUGGAGCUGAAGAACGCUAAAGGCUUGUCCUUCGACAAACUAGAGCGACUCCAGAAAGAGCUCGACAAACUGGCCCGAGACCGAUGCGGAGAGGUGAUGAUCUACGAGUUGGCGGAUUGUGUUCAGGGUUUUCUGACGGAGCACAACGUUCCUCCCUCGAGCUCCUUCCACGAGGAGAUGCUGAAGAACCAGCGGCGUCUGCGGGAGCGUUUGGCUCUGGAGGAGCAGCAGAAGAUCGACCAGCGCCGCAGACAGGAAGAGAAGAUGCAAAACGAGAUUCUGGCAGAAAUCCAGAGGAGAGAAGAGGAGAGGCGAGAAGAGAAGAGAAAGAAAGAGAUGGCCAAACUGGAGCGUCAGGAGAGCUCUGCCGUCACCGUCCCAGCGGCUUCAGAGAGACGAGCUUCUGCCUCGUCAGGGUCUCCGGUCGAUGCGUCUGAGGGGAAGAAGACACUGACGAACAGACGCCGAACCACAUCCAGCAGCAGACACAGACGAGACACGUAUAAUGAAGAUAACGCACGGCAGCAGGAGCUCCUUCACUUCAGCAACAGCUUCCUCGGAGAGGUCGUCGUUCACAGAGGGAAGUGCAUCGGUGAGAGCGAGCGACUGGGUCGCAGUGUGUAUUAUGCGUUUAACUCCACGUCUGGAGAUUUCUCCGUCGUCUACGAGUGGAUCCUUCGCUGGAACAAGACAGUCGGAAAGUUCUUCACCAGCCAGGAGAGAGAGAAAAUAGAGAAAUGCAAAAAACAGGUGCACAAGCAGCUGAAGCCGUCCUGUGUGCUGCUGGACGCUCGGGGAGAUGUGAGGCUCGCAGACUACAGUCUGGCCAAGCGUCUGGCAGACGUCUGUAAGCAGGACAUCUUUGAGCAGAGUCAUGUGCGCUUCAGCGAGGACGCGCUGCCCUCGCGCUCCGGGAAGAAGGGAGACGUCUGGAGCCUGGGGCUGAUGCUGCUGGCGCUCGCUCAGGGUCAAGAGGUCAAGGAGUUUCCCGUAACGCUGCCAGAGAACCUGCCGGCGGACCUGCAUGACUUCCUUAACAAGUGUGUGUGUCUGAAUGACGCGGAUCGCUGGCACGCUCACCAGCUCCUGGAUCAUCCGUUCCUGCGUCCUCCGUCACCCAAGAGCAUCGCUCCGUGUCCGGAGUCCAGUCCAGAGGACACGGGCGUUGAUUUCGCCUCCACGAUCGUCCCACGCAGUCACCUCCUCAGCGCCCCCUUCAGUACGGAGGUGCAGAAGCAGUUCUCGCGCUACUACAACGAGUUCUCAGAGCUGCAGCUGCUGGGGAAGGGAGCGUUCGGGGCUGUUAUAAAGGUCCAGAAUAAGCUGGAUGGCUGUUAUUACGCGGUCAAGCGGAUCCAGGUGAACCCGGCUAGCAAACAGUUCCGGCGGAUCAAAGGCGAGGUGACGCUGCUGUCACGACUCAACCACGAGAACAUCGUGCGAUAUUAUAACGCCUGGAUCGAGCGGCACGAGACGCCGGCGACCGGAGCCGUAUCCAGCGACAGCUCCGAGACCGUCAGCAGCCCCGAGCGACCGCAGCGACCCGCGGCUCCGGAGCGAAACGAGCUGGGACUGAUGGACAACAUCGAGGACGACGCUCCUCCGCCGGCCCUCGCCAGCUCAGUGGAGUGGAGCACGUCUCUGGAGAGAUCGUCCAGCGCUAAAUGCAGCGCUGCAGACUCCUCCGACGACGAGGAGGACGAAGAUGAAGAGGAGGAUGUCUUCUGUCCCUCCUUCCUCAGAGUUCAUGUUGUUUCUCUGCAGGAGAAAGCAGCAGAUCCGCUGGAGAGCUCCGACUCGGAGAAGCCGCUGCUGAUCGCGCAUUACCUGUACAUACAGAUGGAAUACUGUGAAAAAAGCACGUUGAGAGACACGAUCGAUCAGGGCUUGUAUCAAGACGUCAGUCGCCUCUGGAGGCUCUUCAGGGAGAUUCUGGACGGUCUGUCCUACAUCCACGAGCAGGGCAUGAUCCACAGAGACCUGAAGCCUGUCAAUAUCUUCCUGGAUUCUCAGGAUCACGUGAAGAUCGGAGACUUCGGCCUGGCGACGGAUCAUCCUGCUAAUGUGGCUGCAGGUAAACUAGAGGUGGAGGACAGCAACUCAGGGUUUGACCCAAAACCAGAUCCAACAGAUAACAUGACUGGUAUGGUUGGUACGGCUCUUUAUGUCGGUCCAGAGGUUCAAGGAAACACUAAAGCCACUUAUAACCAGAAGGUGGAUCUGUUCAGUCUGGGCAUCAUCUUGUUCGAGAUGUCUUACAGACCCAUGAGCACAGCAUCUGAACGCAUCUUUGUGCUCAGUCAGCUCAGGAAAGAGUCGAUUAAUUUCCCCGAAGACUUUAACGAGAACGAGAGUGAAAUGCAGACGAAGGUGAUCAGCUGGCUGUUGACUCACGAUCCGGCGCUGCGACCGACGGCGGUGGAGCUUCUGAAGAGCGAUCUGCUUCCUCCGCCGCAGAUGGAGGAGUCCGAGCUGCACGAGGUGCUGCAGCACACCAUGGCUAACGUCAGCGGCAAGGCCUACCGCACCAUGGUCAACCAGCUCUUCUCCCAGAACAUCUCGCCCGUCAUGGACUUCACUUACGACAUCGACAUUCACAAGGGCAGUUUUCAUUUCAACACUGCUAAAGUCCAGCAGUACGUGUACGAGACGGUCACCAGGAUCUUCAGACGACACGGUGAGACGCACAGCAUUCUGGGUCGUGCUUCCGCUCUCAUACUUCCUGAUCCUCUGCUUCACCAGUACAGUAUCGAGCGCGUCUACAGGCCGAGGAAGCUGGAUCGAGCUCAUCCCAGAGAGCUGCUGGAGUGUGCCUUCGACAUCGUGAUUCCCAUCAGCAACAGUCUGCUGCCGGACGCCGAGGCCAUUUACACCGUCUCUGAGGUCGUACAGGAGUUCAGCGCGCUGGACAUAUAUGGUCUAAAUUGUGUGUUUUGUCUUAUUGUCUCUCUUCAGCUGGCGUUUGCCAGAUUUGUGGCCAGAAACAACAUUUCACAUCUCAAAAGGUACAGUAUCGAGCGCGUCUACAGGCCGAGGAAGCUGGAUCGAGCUCAUCCCAGAGAGCUGCUGGAGUGUGCCUUCGACAUCGUGAUUCCCAUCAGCAACAGUCUGCUGCCGGACGCCGAGGCCAUUUACACCGUCUCUGAGGUCGUACAGGAGUUCAGCGCGCUGCAGGACAGAAACUACACCGUCCACCUGAACCACACGAGUCUGCUGAAGGCCGUUCUGAUGCACAGCGGCGUCCCAGAAGACAAACUCACUCAGGCCUCCAACAUACUGUGUGACGCCAUGAGUGAGAAACUGACGAAGCGUGAAGUGGAAGCCAAAUUCUGUAACCUGUCCUUGUCCAACAACAGCUUGCAGACGCUGUAUAAGUUCAUCGAGCAGAAGGGUGACCUGCAGGAGCUGCUUCCUCUCAUAAACUCGCUCACCAAACAGAAGAGUUCAGCCGUCGCUCAGAUGGCCAAACAGGGCCAGAAAGAUCUAGAAGAAGUCAUGAGUCUCCUCAAGAAACUGUCCAUUAAACUACAGAUCAUGGAGUUUCACGGGCCGGCGGUGUCCGGUCCGGUCCCGACGGCGGUCGGCGCCAGCAUCGCUCUGGAUAAGAUCUGCUCGGCUGUGGCCAGUCUGGAGGAAGCGCCUCCUGUGAGCUCCUGUGACGUUCUGGUGCUUCCUGUGGGCCAGUCCUCCACCAGCAGAGCCAUUAAAGUCACUCAGAAACUCUGGGCGGCCGGAGUCUCUUCAGACAUCGUCUAUGACAUCUCGCAGUCACAGGAAGCUCUUCUGGAGCACUGCAGACAAGCUGGAAUCACAUUCAUGGUGCUGGUGUCUGAUAAAGAAGGACAUUACCUGAAGGUGAAGUCUUUUGAGAAAGACCGUCAGUCGGAGAAGAGAAUCCCCGAGUCGGAACUAGUCGAUCACUUCAUCCAAAAGAGCCGGACCAAACUCUCCGAAGAGAGAAACAGAGAGAUUUCCGAGAGUGCUUCUCUCCAGAAUCCAAAGGGAUCAUUACUGGGAAACUCAGGUCUGUCUGAGUCACACGGGAGCAACACCAUGAAUGUGAACCUCAUACCGCCUGAGAAAAUCUCAGCCAGCUCCCGACGGAGAUACGAGACGCAGAUCCAGACACGACUGCAGAAUCUGAGCAGCAACUUACAGAACAAGAGCAACGACAUUGAAGUGCUGGCUGUCGAUCUGCCCAAGGAAACCCUCAUCAACUUCCUGUCCCUCGAGUUUGAUGGUGAGGAGCAGUUCAACAUCAGCGUGAAGACGCUUCUCUCUCGGCUGCCCAAACAGCGCUACCUCAAAUGCAUCUGCGAGCAGAUCUACCACUUCAAGAUCUCCAAACGGGUGGCUGUGGUGGUCCUUUACAGCUACAGAGACGAUUAUUACAAGAUCCUGCUCUGAUCUCUGAUUUCACUGCAUUUUAAAGCUUUGCAGAUUCUGUCGUUAAACCAAGCGGAUUCCAUGCCAAAGGCUGAUGAGCGUCAUCUGAAGGGUCCAGUCAUCAAUCAUAUUAUUAACGAUUCCUGUGAAAUCACGUGAUUGAAUACUGUACAGUCCACAACUGAAGGAAAUAAAA